GGGGCGAGGGCGGCCGCCGCAGCGGGAGUGCGGCGCUGACGCUAGCCUCUGUCUGGGGGCCCUGCGGCGGCGCGCGGUCACGUGGGCGUGUUUGGGGGCGGGGCCGCGCGGCGGUUCCGGGCGGUUGGGCGCGCGAGCGAGGAGCCGAGGCAGCCGCGCCCGCCCGCCCCGCCCCUGGAUGCCGCUGUUCCCCGGCGCGGCCGCCACCGAUCGCAGCACAGGAGCCACCGCCGCCACGGUUGAUGUGGUUGGCCCGGGGCUGAGGAGGCCGCUAAGAUGCCGCAGUCCAAGUCCCGGAAGAUCGCGAUCCUGGGCUACCGGUCUGUGGGGAAAUCCUCAUUGACGAUUCAGUUUGUUGAAGGCCAAUUUGUUGAUUCCUACGAUCCAACCAUAGAAAACACUUUCACAAAAUUGAUCACAGUAAAUGGACAAGAAUAUCAUCUUCAACUUGUAGAUACAGCUGGGCAGGAUGAAUAUUCCAUCUUUCCUCAGACAUACUCCAUAGAUAUUAAUGGUUAUAUUCUUGUGUAUUCUGUUACAUCAAUCAAAAGCUUUGAAGUGAUCAAAGUUAUCCAUGGCAAACUGUUGGAUAUGGUGGGGAAAGUACAGAUACCUAUUAUGUUGGUUGGGAAUAAGAAGGACCUGCAUAUGGAAAGGGUGAUCAGUUAUGAAGAAGGGAAAGCGUUAGCAGAAUCUUGGAACGCAGCUUUUUUGGAAUCUUCUGCUAAAGAAAAUCAGCCCUGCAGAUGUUCCUUUAAAGGCAUAUUCGAGGAAGGAUGUCACUUCUAUUUCAGAAGGCUUCCCGUAUCUCCUUUUCCCUUUUCCUCCAUGGCGUUAAUUUAGACUGAGAACGUCCAAGCUUGUCUCCUGCCUCCAUGUUCUCACCAAUAUAUUUCUGUUUGCUGCCAUUCACCUUCUGAAGCUACAAAUCAGAUGAUGUCACCCUCAAGUGAAAACUGUCAGUGGGUUGCCCAUCAUCUAUAAAACAAACCCGAAAUGCCCUCAGCAUGAUGUUGAGUGCGGUGUGUGAUUCGAACUUUUCCGGCCUCUUCUUUCACUGUAUCCCUGUACUUUUCAGUCGCACUAAAUUCCUCCCACUUAAUUAAAUACAAGGGGUACUUCCAGAUGCCUCCCCUUUACUCUCAUUCUUCUCUGACUUGAAAUAUCCUUUCUCUAAUUAACUACAUAAAGUAUUUUCAACAUGUGCUCUUGUUUGAUCUUGCAAUAAGAUUAACUGGCUUUCAUUUCUGCGAGGAAACUGUAGCUCAGUGAGGGUGGGUGGCUUGAUGUGGUUGAGGACAGUCAGCUGUUCUUCCCCAGCUCCGCCACCUUUCACCACUGAGACCCCAGCCCUCAAGGUUCUACUUAAAUUCCGCUUUCUCCUGGACCCCUGCAUGAUUCGUCCAGCGAAAAUUAAUAGUAGUUUCUUCUCUCUUAUCCCCUUUAAUUCAUUCUCAGAUUCCAGGCCGUCUCACUGGCCUUCAUUUUCUCCAUAAUGUCCGGCACAGUGGUUUUAUAUCUACUAGGUGCUCAGUCAACCCAGGUAUCCCUUGAUAGGCAAAUCUGUUUGUCCCUGUGUCCCCAGGUGAGGGAAGUUAAAUCUAUACAAUUGAUUCCCAAGUUCCAGAUAGCAAGAGAUUUAUCUGCAUCCAUUUAGUGCAGAGAGUGAGAAUUCAGAUGAGAAGAGCUGAGAUAGUAAGAGAUACCUGUACUGCUUAAUUGAAUUAAAUCAGACAUUUAUUGGGUGUCUAAUCUAUCCUUACGAUCAUCCAGUUGAACUGUCUCAUUUUAGAGGUGAGGCGUUUUAAGAUCCAGAGAGGUAAAUAACUUUUCUAAGGUCACUCUAUAUUUCAUAUGGUAUAAGAACUUGGACUAAAUUUUAAAUUUAACCCAAAUUCAGUCCUCUCUCCUCUCCACCAUGCUUUCUGAUGGAUGGGAAGAGAGGGCCUUGUGCAUAACCAAAGUGUAAUAGAGAUUAGAGUGUUCCUGAGGGAGAGAGAGCGACCGUUCUGUAUUUAAAAGUCUGUGUGUGAACCUUAAAUGGAAUCUGGUUCUAAAAUCCCUCGUGUAAAAGACAUAUUUGGUCAAUUGGGGAGAUUUGAUUACGUUUUAGAUAUAUUAGGGAAAUGGCGUUAGUUGUCUUAGGUGUAAUGAUGAUGUCGGGAUUAUGAA